CAUGACUGCUUCUUCACCGGCGGUCCGGGUUAUAUAGCGUUACAUUGCGUCUUUGCGACGUGACUGCACGUCACAUUCAUACGUCACACAUAUCGCGCACCGCGUGCGUAUUUCCAUAAUGCCGCGUCUGCCGCGUGCGGCUGUUGACUGCGAUUAGUGGCAAUAAGCGCCUCUUGCUGCUUUUGACGUGAGUCAUGUCCUGGUCAUGUCACUUGUCGUAAAUACCACCCCGCACCACCCGCCCUCCACCGGAACUCUCUCGAACGAGAGUGUUGAAAGUACUAGUACGUGAAGUACACUGCUGUAUUUUUAACGUAUUGGUGGUGAGGACUCUGAAGUAGAAACAUAAACAUAACAUAACCUGACAAUGACUGAACACGAACAGUCAAAUCCUUCCGAUUUCGGAAUUAUGGAUCCCCACGGACGCUUAAAAGCACUGUCUGAUUACGGGAAUACCGUUGAAAUUGAUCAUUCAGUCCCACCGCGAAGGUAUUACAGAUCUGGUUUGGAAAUGGUUCGAAUGGCAAAUGUGUAUUUAGAAGAAGGAAGCCUUGAAAAUGCUUUUAUAUUGUAUAUGAAAUUUAUGACUUUGUUUCUGGAAAAAAUACGUCAUCAUCCAGAUUUCAAGACAGUAUCUCCAACUGAUAGAGCUGUCAAUGCUGAAAAGCUUAGGGAAGUUCUUCCUAAAGCAGAGAAAUUAAAGUCACGUCUUCUGGAACAAUACCAAAGAGAAUAUGACAAUUUUUGUGAAGAACAAAGACGGAGAGAGAAAGAAAGGCUGCGCCUGGAGCUGGAAGCCAAAAAGCGACAGACAGUUAUACCUCCCAUACCAGAUGCAAAAGAAUAUGAGAAACACUCUGUUCCAGUUGUUGUUGUGCCAUCAAUUCCUACAGACUCUAUUGUAUAUCCUGAUACUUUUGAACCAAAAAAACCAACUUCACUUGAUAUAAUGUUAAAUUUGCCGAGGAAUCAACCAUCUAUAGAUCGUUCAACCAAACCUGCUAGCUUAUUAAGUCCAUCUAUACAAGGUAAAGUUGGAUUAAGAACAGUCAUAGUACCCUCACGAUUAAUGGGCAGGUUUAUGCAUCUUGCAUUAGGAAAUACAGAAAGGAAUAUUGAAACAUGUGGAAUUCUUGCUGGCAAACUGGAUCAUGAUAGAUUAAUUAUUACUCAUCUUUUAGUUCCAAAGCAGAUUGGCACUGCAGAUUCAUGCACAACUCAAAAUGAAGAGGAAAUAUUUGAGUAUCAGGAUCGUCACGAUCUGAUUACUUUUGGUUGGAUUCAUGAGACCCUGUAUGAGAAAUUUGCCCUACAGACUCAUCCCAGUCAAACAGCUUUCCUCUCAAGUGUUGAUUUACAUACUCACUGUUCCUAUCAGCGCAUGAUGCCAGAAGCUGUUGCUAUUGUUUGCGCACCAAGAUAUCAAGAGAAUGGUUUUUUUAUGCUUACUCCCAACUACGGUCUGGACUUCAUUGCCAACUGCAAGCAGACUGGCUUCCAUCCACAUCCUACAGAACCACCCUUAUUCAUGAAUGCAGAUCACUCAAAACUUGAUAGUUCAGCUCCCAUUGAAGUAGUGGAUUUACGAAGAUGAAAUUCCACCACUUCAUUAUAGGAGAAAUUCUUGAAGUGGUGUUGGAAUAAAUAUGCUUUAGAGGUAUUUUGAGGACACACAAUGCACACCAUUCAGGCUUCCUUGAGUCAUUUGCCUUUGCAGUUGCGUUUCAAGUGCUUGUACUUUUGACCAGAAUAAUGAGCUUCUUAAUCUUUGUGAUGUACAGAAUAAGCUCACUACUUAAUCUUCAGAAACAUUUAUAUGAUAAAGUUGCUGUUUGAUCAAUUUUGGUUGCAUAAUUUUUAAAACUAGUUAUGGCAUAAUCACUUUUUAAAUAUAUUGUAUUGCUGCAUAACUGCAAAGCACUUAACUAAUUGUGUGUAUGUAUGCAAAAACAGUAAUGUUUUUACUUGUAAUGAGUAGUGUGUGUGUGUUGUUGACGUGCUUGGUACAUUUUGAAUAGAAGUGUAAUGAAGUAUUUGUGCAUGUCAGUGCCAGGGGCAUUGACCUCCAGUUGUGUUGGUUUGCUGCGCAAGGCCUGUCUGCUGGCCUAAGGACUGUUGAAAGUAGCCACCAAAAAGAUCAUACAGCCAAGCACUCAGUUAUUGUUGUUCUAAGAAAAAUAAAAUUUAUUUAAACUAAUUUUAGAUUUUUUUGUUUUUGAGUGUGAUCCCUGAGUGAGUGCUUGGGUGCUGGUGAGAUUGGAGGCAUGUAUUUUUUUUAUCCUCUACCUAUAAGGAAUUGUUCUACAUGGAAUAUCUGGUGCAACUAAUAUUGUAUGUAGUGCCAAAUAUUUUAUACACCAGCUCUAAGAUUCACUUGACUGAUGUGUGAGGUGAUCAUUGUUAUUUGUGCAAUGUACUAUUUAUUUUUGUACUAUUUGUUAAAUGUGUAGGCUGGCAUUAUAAACAGUACCUUUUGUUGUCUCUGUCUUUGUGCCUAUUACAUAUUCGUGUGUGUAUAUAUGUACAUAUACGUUUGUGUAUGUGAAUCUCUUGUGUCUCACCAAAGUGUAAAGAACUAUAUUUUUGUUGUAAAGUGCCAUUUGUGAAACUACCACAAUAUUUAUAAAAAAUAUUAUAAAUGAUAUGUUGAGAAUCAUAUUAAUAUAAUCUUAACUUUCAUGGAAAUGUGGCAUAAGCAUCUAGACCUACGUUCUAUAUACAAAAAUAUGUAGUGCAUCAGGACAGUGCACAAACUCAAAGGGAGCCAAUACAAACAUUUUUGCCUUGUUUUAUGAGUUUGGGAGACGUUUCCUUACUACCCAAUUUGAGCAAGAAAACUAGGAGGGUGAAUUAAAAAUGCAUACCUCUCAGCAUCGUUGCUAACAGCAAAACACAUGUACUUAAGAAGUUAAAAUAAAAAAAAUAUUACAAAA